AUGGCGACGCGCAACAGCAUAGCGAAGGUGCCGUAUGGGCUGGACACGACUUCGCCAAACGAUCCGCCGCGUGGUGCGCAUCAACGAGGGCCCAAUUCGCAGGCGACGCCCUUGCAACACCGCGCAUCCGUCAGCUCGACCGCCUCCUUCGCUACCAUGGCCACUUCAGACGGCCCGUUCAGCUCUGGCCCGAGCCAUCCGUACGGCAUGUACCCACAGAACACAAUGGUGCGAAACACGAGCAUAUCUACAACGUCCACACAGCAGCAGCCGCCCGCAAUACCACAGCUUCCAACAGGGCCCAGCCACCCUUACGGAAUGUAUCCGCAGAACGUUGUCGAGGACGAGCCGCCCGUUCCCGUAGUGCAGACGGCCAUACCCGUUGGCUUCCCCGGCAUCAACAACGGCUUCCACAGACAGAUAGGACCAGAUGGCGAAGAGCAGGACAUUGUGGGGCCAUUCGGGCAUACGGAGCAGCUGCCUCCGUACUCACGAUACCCGGAGGAGGGGCCCACAAAGGCCUCGAUGGCGGCGGAAGCGAGCGCCACUCCGCUUGAGGCGAGAGCAAACCCCAUGGCAGGGUCCAACGACACGCUAUUGAUAGAUGCUGCACCGCCCGCACCUCCUUCGCCCGUGUCUCCUGUCUCCCCCUUGGCUCCCAUUGCACCCGCUCUCCUGCCACAACAGCGGCCUGAGACCCAGACUGGCAAUGUGGCUCCUCGACCCGCGACUACAUCUGAAUCAGCCUCACUCCUGACAAUGACAACGGAUGACGGUGUUGUUGCGGAGAAGGCCGAACCCGAACCGAGUAUCAGGAAGCAAAGCUGGCGUAAGAAGCGGCUAUGGGGCAAAGUACCUGUCACUGUGGCCCUUUGCUUGCUCAUAUUGUUGCUCAUAUUUGCUGUCGUGCUUGGCGCCGCGAUUGGCACCUUCUUAACCAAGAACAAGGAGAAGUCUAAGCAGGAUAAAAAUCGAAACGGCCAUGAUAAACCGGAACUAGCAGUUACCGGCAAUACUCUCUUUGGAGCGACUCCCAUUGCAACACCAAGUUCGCUCCCUGCGUUGCCUACGGGUGCAUUCUCGCUUCCCCUAGGUUACGCUCAAGAAAGUAGCCCUGGUUGUCUUCUUUUGGGCAACCAAUAUGCGGCUUGGUCAUGCAAAAUGUCUUUUGCUCCCCUUCAGGUCGUCAUUAAUUCCACAACGGAUGGCUAUCAGGCAUCCCUGCAAACAUGGGUUGCCCCAGAUGGUAGCAUACAGUACGGACUCCAGACUCCUCUCGUACCUCCAUCUACCUUGCAGCUCGUUAGCGAUCUUGAUUAUAGAGGCUACGGGCCUGCAUGGCAUUUCUCAGGGCGGUACGACAAAGUUGUUGUCCUUCAGAAUGAGGAGUUUGCUGCCGGCACCAAUCUGCGAAAGCGAGAUGACGAUGAUAACAAACCGUCCUUCCGUCAUCGAUUCCAGGUCAUGCCUGGCGACAACCCUUGGUACUGCAUUUGGAACUCCACCUACAUCGAGGGCUACAUAUAUGUCACAGAUAACUCGACAGCUGCCUCCAUGACCAACUACCCCACUCCUAAUCCCUCCGACCCCUUCAAUGGAGUGAUGACCCCAACAGCCACGAUAUCGGCAUCCUUCCCUGAAACCUCGACCGCAUCCGCCACACCGCCGCCUACGAAGAGAACUCCACAGGAACGCGGCGAUGACAGAUCUAAUUUCCGCUUCCCAUUCCCAUAUCCCCGCAUCGUUAAGAUCGAAGAGCGACGACUCCCUGGCGCACCGCAGCCCUAUUGUCAAAAGAUGCAAUUGCUCGACAACGGACAAAUUGCUCCAGCAUCUGGCAGUAACGGCGGCAACGUCAUCGUUUGGCUCCAAGAGUCCGAUCCGGCGAUGAAAGAAUUCUAUGGGGCUCCUCCAGGUCCGCCGCCUUCAUCAACAGAAGCUGCGAAGGCACGGAGACAACAGGAGAGGAGGUCAGAUCCAUCGGACGCUUGCCACUGCCAGUGGAUGUUCCAGUAA